AUCUUGACAUCUUGUAUUGUGUCCGGAGGUUAUUCAUUACUGUCUCUGCUGCUGUAGCUAAAGAUGAGCGGUCACUACCCGGACCCGAUUGACCCGACCCGAACCCGCAUAGGAUGGAUCGGCAUCGGCGUGAUGGGCGGCGCCAUGGCAGCCCGGCUCAUCUCCGCCGGCUUCUCCGUAUGCAUUUACGCCCGAACUCCUUCAAAAGCCGCUCACCUCAUUUCCCUCGGCGCCAGCCUCGCCGCCUCCCCAGCCGAUCUGGCCGCCUCGAGCGACGUCGUUUUCACGAUGAUCGGCCACCCAUCGGACGUCCGAGCCGUCGUGCUCCACACGCUCCUCCCCUCUCUAAACCCUAACACAGUUCUAAUCGACCACACCAGCAGCCACCCAGCCCUAGCCAGACUAAUCCACGAUUCCGCCGCGGAGAGACGCUGCCACUCCGUCGACGCCCCCGUCUCCGGCGGAGACGUCGGAGCUAGGGAAGGGAGGCUGGCGAUUUUCGCCGGCGGGGAGGGUCCGGUGGUGCGGUGGCUGAAACCGUUGUUGGAUGUGUUGGGGAGGGUGAGUUACAUGGGGAGUGCUGGGAAGGGGCAGAGUUGCAAAAUAGCUAAUCAGAUCAGUGUAGGGGGGAAUUUGGUGGGGCUGAGUGAGGGGUUGGUGUUUGCAGGGAAGGCUGGAUUGGAGAAGAGGAAGUUCUUGGAGGCGGUGAGGGGCGGCGCCGCCGGAUCGGCGGCGAUGGAAUUGUUUGGGGAGAGGAUGAUCGGUAGGGAUUUCAGGGCCGGGGGUUUUGCAGAGUAUAUGGUGAAGGAUUUAGGGAUGGGAUUGGGAGGGGUGGUGUUGCCCGGAGCUGCAUUGUGGAAGGAGAUGUUUGCGGCCAUGGUGGCAAAUGGGGAUGGGAAGCUCGGGACGCAGGGAGUGGUAAAGGUGAUCGAGAGGAUCAAUGGGUUGGAGCUUGAAGGUUAAGUUAUCUAACAGGGUGCAAACUAGGUGGACAAAACAAGUCAUACUUAGCAAAGUGCGAACCAUGGCCUAGUCCCGUUCCUUACGGAUAUAGUGAGUUGGGUGUUUUUUUUCUGUGAUGUGGUUCUAUUUUGAGUUUGUUGGUUGGCUAUGUCAUGGAUGGAUUUGAUCUUCAAUGAGUUUGAUUUCAUUUUCAGAGCUUGGGUAUGAUAAUGUUGCAGUUUUGGCAA